AUGUCCCGCCCCGCCACCGGAUCUUCAGCUGACCUCAAGACCAUCCUCAUCCCCUGUGCGCCCAUCAGCACGCCCCAUGUUCCAUCCGGUACAACCGAGAUCCCUCUCGGCGAUAACAGUUUGACGGCAUACCUCACUGUCUCAUCCGUCCUGGCUUUUGAUGGAGCUCUCGACGAGAGCAAACUGGUGAAAGCUAUCAGUCUGCUUUCGGGGGCGUGGCCGACCUUGGCUGGUCGUUUCAAAAGCGUUGGCGAAGGUGCCGAUACCAAGUUCAGCAUUGAACUCACAUCCUCCCCUAUCCCCUUCGAGACCCAGACCAUAGAGCGCGACCAGGCAUUCCCCGACAAGCUCGUCAUCCAGCCAACUAUAAAGCCCUACAUGCCUCCCCUCAAUCCGAACGUUCGUUUCCCCAAUACCGACAACCAUCUCUUCUCCGUCCGCCUCACCACGCUUCUCCCUUCCAACAAGUCGGUCUUGGGUGUCCAGGUAUCCCAUCUGGGAAUGGAUGGGACGAUGGCUCGACACCUCGUCAAGCUACUCGACGCUCUGUACACCCACGGAGAAGCUGCCCUGCAAAGUACGGAUUCCGAGAUCGUCAUCCCGACGUUCUUCCCCGGUGGCGUGGGUCCUCUUCAUGCCUAUGAUGCUUCGACAGACAACCUGGCGUUCGCUGUCUCUUGGAAGGCCUUUCCAGAAGCUAUCCGCUGCUACAUUGCUGAUUUCAAGACCUCUUCCAGGGUCGCCUUGCAGUUCACCAAGCCCGAGCUGCAGGCUCUCAGAGACCAGUAUCAGCUUGACUCUGAACUAAAGCUCUCGACCCAAGAUGCCAUCUCCGCUUGGUGGGCGACCCUGUUGAACAAGGUCGGUGUGGAUGUGAAGUCUAUCGUAUACUUCCUUGAUUACCGCAAGUGGUGUAUCGGUCAUCCCUCCUUCCCUCCCAACCUUCCCACCCUAGCCGCUGGCGUAUCCCAAGUAUCUCCCAUCGACAUCUCCGCCGCUUCCACCCCAGGACAGGUCGCCGAGACCAUCCGAAAGCACAUCUCCACGCUCCGGGCGUCCGAGAAGGACGAAGCGCUUCACUGGCUGUCUAACGCGUCUCGCUACAUGCACGAGUCGACCGUCAACGACCAAGCUGUAGUAUUUGGAGGUGAUGAGCAGUUCCAAGCUGUAGUAUUUGGAGGUGAUGAGCAGUUUAUGGCGGAUCAUAAGUCUGUUAUUGUCAACUCCAACAUCCGUAUCGACUGGUCCUUUUCCUUUGGCUUCAAAAAGCAUCAAGUCUCUUACCACUCCGAGUUCACUUGUUCUCACUUCCUUCGCGUCUACCAAGCCAAUCUUGACGAAGGGGAGGAGAAGGGAGACAAGAUUGAGUUGUACUUCCAUGUGCCAAAAGGCCAGGCUGAAAAGGCGAAAGAGAUCAUUCAAAGUGAUAGGGAGCAAUGGGCCGUUGUUUCGGGAGCGUCUGUGUAA